GCGGCGGCGGGGGGAGCGGGGAGCCCGCUCCGCCGGGCCAUGGCGAGCUCCGGCGCCGCGCCCGGGGGCUCGGGCUCGGGCACGGUGCUGCCCACCCGCUUCCAGGAGACGGAGAAGCUGCUGGCGGCGACGGAGGUUCGGGAGGAGAAGGGCCUCCGCGGCUCCAAAUCCUUCACGGCCGCGCUGCCCGGCGAGGCGGAGCGCAACGGGCACGGGCUCGCCUACAAGUCGGUGUCGGUCGGGCACCUGGAGGUGGCCCCGCUGUCGCCGUCCCGGCUCAGCCUGGGCAGAGCCUCCUCCACGGCCACUAGCACAGCGGCACCGGAGCAGGGCCGCCCGCGGGACUACCUGGUGCUCGCCAUCUUCUCCUGCUUCUGCCCCGUCUGGCCCAUCAACAUCGUGGGGCUCGUCUUCUCCAUCAUGUCGAGGAACAGUGGGCAGCAAGGGGACAUCGACGGGGCCCGGCGACUGGGCCGCAUGGCCAGGCUGCUCGGCAUCGUCUCCAUUGUCCUGGGAACCAUCAUCAUCGUGAUCUACAUUUCACUCAGCGUCACAGUUUCCUAGAAGACGUUUUAGCAUGCAAAUACCUCGAAGAGGAGGAAGACAACUUUCCUUUUGGGGUUUUUACUUUCAGCCUUGCAACAAAAAAUUGUCACAGCGUAGGUGGGCAGCCCUGGCCAGCUUGCUCUGGAGGAAAGGCUGCUUUGACUUCACAGCCUCUUGGCAAAGACUUUGUGCAAGUGAUGGGAUAAAAAAAACAUGGUGAGAAGGGAUGGGAACGAACAGCGGACACCGAGCGGAGAGG